AUCAGCAUUACGAGGUGAUGCGAGCUGUACUGCAAGGGAUGUCACCAGGGCUGUCGUGAGCGAUAGCGCCUGUUUACACGAUUCUUCACAGACAUACACCAACAACUAUGGACAACGAGGCGGUUGAGACGUUUCCUUUCUCGGAUUGCACUGAAACCAGCUUUCUGAAAAGAGUCAGCAUUGAAGGCCAACUGAAAGACAUCCAUCCCGACAUUACAAUUAACAUCGACGAGACUCAGGUCCGAGUAGAGGGGUCAAGGAAUUCCGUGUACGAUGCCAAAACAUUCAUUGCUACCAUCUUGGGGGAAACUGAGUUACGUGACGUUACUGUGACUGUUCCAUCGCGCAUCAAACUUUUCAAGAAGGAUGUAACUCGUAGAUAUAUUGGAAGCAGACUGUUACGAAAUGCCCUUAAUGCAGUGUACGAUGUCUACGAAGACAGGAUCAGGAUCCGUUGCAAGCAUGACGAGUUUUGCCGAGUUCGGGAUGUCAUAGACGCUUCCAUCGUCAGUGAAGAGGUUGAUGCCUCUCUUGGUGUACACCUCCGUCACAGACUUCAAGAGUUCAGAGAUUAUACAGAAGUGGACGACAAUCCAAGGCGUACUCGCCUCUCAGUACAUUCAGAGAAAUACGACUCGGUGAAGAAAAUCGUGGAUGUUGUGAUAAAUGAGCUAAACGAGGAACCAGGUGUUCUUCGCCGACGCAAAGCUGAUAGUGAGUUUGUUUGGAAUUCUCCGUGUGUGUAUGUGUGUAAAGUGUAUAUGUGCAUGUAAUGUGUA